CCCGGCGACGGUAGCCGGCACGGACAAGAUACGUUGGAGCCUGGCCGCCGGCAAGCUGGAACUCGCGGUGGGCGACCUGACCCGGCGGCUUCUGAGCCCGGGGCACCUGGAGGCCUCCUGCCCCUCAUCCGAGGCCCCCAGGUUAAAGCAGAGGAUUCCGCAUCGCUUCUAUGGCUACCCCACAGACUUCACAAACCGUUGCGUCUCACGUUCCUUUUGCAGAUUUAUGUUCAACUUUAGAACGAAUACAGAAAAGUAAAGGACGGGCAGAAAAAAUCAGACACUUCAGGGAAUUUUUAGAUUCUUGGAGAAGAUUUCAUGAUGCCCUUCAUAAGAACCAAAAAGAUGUCAGGGACUCUUUUUAUCCAGCAAUGAGACUUAUUCUCCCUCAGCUCGAAAGAGAAAGAAUGGCCUAUGGAAUCAAAGAAACCAUGCUUGCUAAACUUUAUAUUGAGUUGCUUAAUUUACCUAGAGAAGGAAAAGAUGCCCUUAAGCUUUUAAAUUACAGGACACCCACUGGAACUCGUGGAGAUGCUGGAGACUUUGCGAUGAUUGCGUAUUUCGUGUUGAAACCAAGAUGUUUGCAGAAAGGAAGUUUAACAGUACAGCAAGUAAAUGACCUUUUAGACUCAAUUGCCAGCAAUAAUUCUGCCAGAAGAAAGGACCUAAUAAAAAAGAGUCUUCUUCAGCUUAUAAGUCAGAGUUCGGCACUGGAACAAAAGUGGCUUAUACGGAUGAUAGUAAAGGACUUGAAACUUGGCUUUAGUGAGCAAUCUGUAUUUUCUGCAUUCCACAAUGAUGCUGCCGAGUUGCAUAAUGUCACCACGGAUCUUGAAAAAGUCUGUAGGCAACUGCACGAUCCUUCCGUCGGACUUAGUGAUAUUUCUAUCACUUUAUUCUCUGCCUUUAAACCAAUGCUGGCUGCCAUAGCAGAUAUUGAGAGAAUUGAGAAGGACAUGAAACACCAGAGUUUCUACAUUGAGACCAAGCUAGACGGUGAGCGUAUGCAAAUGCACAAGGAUGGGGAUGUGUAUCAGUACUUCUCCCGGAACGGGUUUAACUAUACAGAUCAGUUUGGAGAUUCUCCACAGGAAGGCUCUCUUACACCAUUCAUUCACAGUGCAUUCAAAACAGACGUGCAAAACUGUAUCCUGGAUGGUGAGAUGAUGGCCUUCAACCCUAAUACACAAACUUUUAUGCAAAAGGGGAAUAAGUUCGAUAUCAAGAGAAUGGUGGAAGAUUCUGAUCUGCAAACUUGUUACUGUGUUUUUGACGUACUGAUGGUUAAUAAUAAAAAGCUAGGGCGUGAGACCCUGAAAAAGAGGUACGACGUUCUCACUAGUGUUUUUACACCAAUACCAGGUAGGAUAGACAUAGUGCAAAAAACACAAGCUCAUACGAAGAAAGAAGUAAUUGAUGCUUUGAAUGAAGCAAUAGACAAAAGAGAAGAGGGAAUCAUGAUCAAACAUCCUCUAUCCAUUUAUAAGCCAGACAAAAGAGGUGAAGGAUGGUUAAAAAUUAAACCAGAGUAUGUCGAUGGGUUGAUGGAUGAACUGGACACCUUAAUUGUGGGGGGCUAUUGGGGUAAAGGUUCGCGAGGCGGAAUGAUGUCUCAUUUUCUGUGUGCUGUAGCAGAGAAACCUCCUCCUGGUGAAAAACCCUCCAUGUUUCACACUCUCUGUCGUGUUGGUUCAGGUUAUACCAUGAAAGAACUGUAUGAUCUGGGUUUGAAAUUGGCCAAGCAUUGGAAGCCUUUUCAUAAAAAAGCUCCACCAAGUAGCAUCUUAUGUGGAACAGAGAAGCCAGAAGUGUACAUUGAGCCUUGUCAUUCUGUCAUCGUUCAGAUUAAAGCAACAGAGAUCGUCCCCAGUGAGAUGUAUAAAACUGGCUGCACCUUGCGUUUCCCCCGAAUUGAAAAGAUCAGAGAAGACAAAGAGUGGUAUGAAUGUACCACCCUAGAUGACUUAGAACAACUUCGAGGGAAAGCAUCUGGAAAGCUUGCGUCCAAACACCUUUAUGUCGGUGGUGAUGAUGAACCACAAGAGAAGAGGCGGAAAGCUGCCCCAAGGAUCAAGAAAGUUGUUGGAAUCAUUGAGCACCUAAAAGCACCUAACCUUUCUAAUGUAAACAAAGUUUCUAACGUAUUUGAAGAUGUGGAGUUUUGUGUUAUGAGUGGAACAAACAGCCAUCCAAAGCCCGAUCUGGAGAACAGACUUGCGGAAUUUGGGGGUUAUAUAGUACAAAAUCCAGGCCCAGACACCUACUGUGUGAUUGCAGGGUCCGAGAACAUCAGGGUGAAAAACAUAAUUUCUUCCAAUGAACAUGAUGUUGUCAAGCCUGAGUGGCUGUUAGAGUGUUUUAAGACCAAAAGCUGUGUUCCAUGGCAACCUCGCUUUAUGAUUCAUAUGUGCCCAUCGACGAAGCAGCAUUUUGCCCGUGAAUAUGAUUGUUAUGGUGAUAGUUAUUUCGUUGAUACAGAUUUGAACCAACUGAAAGAAGUGUUCUCAGGAAUUAAAAAUUCCGGCGAACAAAGUCCUGGAGAAAUAGCUUCCAUGAUUGCUAAUUUAGAAUAUCGAUAUUCCUGGGACCACUCCCCACUCAGUAUGUUUCGACACCACAUUAUUUAUUUGGACUUGUAUGCUGUUGUUAAUGACCUGAGUACCAAAAUCGAGGGGACGAGGUUAGCUUUUACAGCUUUGGAACUUCGAUUUCAUGGAGCACAAGUAGUUUCUUGUUUAGCUCAGGGAGUGUCUCAUGUAAUCAUUGGGGAGGAUCAUAGUCGUGUUGCAGAUUUGAAAGCUUUUCGAAGAACUCUUAAGAGAAAAUUUAAAAUCCUGCAACAAGAUUGGGUAACUGAUUCAAUAGACAAGUGUGAAUUGCAGGAGGAAAAUCAGUAUUUGGUUUAAAGCUAGCUUUUCUAGUGAGGAAAGCCUGUGAUCUGGUGGACACGUCGUAACAGGUGGUAAAGAUAAAAUUUUAAACUACAUUUUGUUUUUAUCCCUUCAAAUUUAUGCUUAAAUAGUAUUAUUAGAAUAGGAAAACAACAUUUUUAAGUUUUGAGAUAGGUAAGACCCUGAAUAGCCCAAAGCCAAGAAAGAAAGAAAUCUUUUAGCAGUGUAAUAUUUGAUGACUUUUAAAACCAAGAUGAAAUAAACAGUUUAAAGAAGAGGUGUUGAUAUAAUAUCGCUAUAGAAAUCUAGAAUUUUGACUCCAAUAUUAAUAAAAUACAUUCAGAGGCUUUUAGAGUCAUUAAAAGCAUUGAUCUAAAUGGAUUUUCUGGAGUCAAAUAAAAAUUUUAAUAGUUGUUAUAUAAUAAAGCAUUGCAAGAAAGAAGAAUUGUUAUAGUUAGACUUGUAAAAAUAUAUCUUAAAUUGAAGACUAAAAUUCUUUUAAGUUUGAAAUGUUGUAAACAAAUUUGUUUUUUAGGGUUAAGGGCAAGCUCAUAAAUGAAACCUGUUAUUGAUGUAACUAGGUAAAUUAGGGGAAAUUGAAUGAGACUUGAUGGUCUAAAAACUUAAAAUUAGAUCAGUUUGAUUAAAAGAAACUUACCAUUUUGCAAGUAUUGGGCCCACAUUUAUUGUUUCUGUAAAAUAGAGCACGUUUCAAAGACCAUGUUUUUAUGUGAACUUUACUCCAAGAUGAAUAGUAUUCACAAAGAGUGAUUUUCCUAGAUGUAAUCCACAUGUCAAAAUAGCCUAUGUGUUGGGACUUUCAUUACAGAGAGGUAGAUUGCUCUAUUUAAAAUGAUUUUUAUCUUAGGUUAUUUAAAUUCAGUGUAUAUAAUAUAUAUUAUGUCUGGAUUUAUAUACUAAAUUUUGGAAUACAGUGUAUUCAUUAUGAAAAAUAUAUUUUCAUGACACCUCUGAAAUACUUAAAAUAUGGAACCCAAGGAACUGUGUAUAGAUUGUUUGUAUGUAGUUUUAGAUUUUAUUGAAAUGGUGGAACAAAUGUAAUUUUAUUUCUUAAUUUAAAUAAAAUAUUUAAUAUGCUAU